AUGUCGGCUAUUCAAUUAUCCUUCUCUCUCCGCGUCUCGUCCGGCGUCAAGACCGUCCACCUUCUCGGCUCUUGGGACGGCUAUGUUGGCCAGCUCCCGCUCUCCAAGGACAAGUCCUCGUCUAAGUCUGGCACCUGGAAGGGUACCUUUCGAUUCCAGAACGCCACUCUUGAGGCUGGCCAGCGAUACUGGUACUACUACAUCAUCGAUGGCUACCACAUUGCCCACAACCCCAGUGUCACCUCAACCGUCGAGCCCACCACUGGCCGAGAACUGAACAUUCUUGACGUUCCCACCGACUCGCAAAAGUCUUCUUCCAAGUCCUCCUCCCGUCACUCGUCCAAAGAUAAGGAGCACCGCUCGUCUCGCCACCGCACAGCACUGUCCGUCGACAUCCCCAAGGGCCGACCUUUGUCCUAUUCCCAGAUCCAGGCUCCCAAGCCCAUGUCACCUCAUGCCACCAAACACAUCCUGGAGUCUGACUACUACGACAACGAACAAAUCGAAGAACUCACCGCUCGCUUCGGCGGCGCCGGCCUCGACGACGACGUCGUCACCGACUUUAGCACAUCGCCCGUAUCUUCAAGCGGCUCCUCCCUGUCGUACCGCUCAGACAGCUCGUCACCCAACUCAUCGCUCUCCGGCUACAGCACACCUGGCUCCGAAUGCAGCACCUGUACCUGUGAGCGAUACGGCAUCACCCGCAAGGGCGACCGUGUCAAGAUCGACUGUGGAGGCGCACGAUGUGGCUACGACGACUCUAGCGAUUUGUGCUCCAGCGACGCCAGCGAGGACGAGUAUGAGCCCGUUUCCGUCCCGCAAGGCGGCUCUCGUCGUCACGGCAUGGUCGUCGGUUAAAGAAAUCAUCGAUGGACUUCAAUUUUUCCGGAAGAAGGCUGAGAGGAAAAUCAGCCGCCAUUCAUUCCUUGCUUCGAGCAGACCCUGGCUGCGACUCUGCGCCGGGCUGACUCGCCCCAUGUUGUUGUUGUAAACAGCACAAACUUUCGCUUUACGGCCCACGCCCACGGCGCUGGAAGGCAAUCCAAGCUGGCCUUGGUAUAUGCCCCAGCGUUCGAUGCGUGCGAUCCCAAUUGGUCGAUGCUGCGGCCCUCCGCAG